GUACGCAGGAGGGACAGCCAUGUUUGCUAGACAGAAAGAGACAAGAAGACACCUUAGACCGAGUCUUUAGAGUGGCUUGGAGCUCGUCAGCCGUGUGACAUUGUGCAUCUCUGGUGUCCUUGUGAAGCGUGCAAAAUUACCAUGAGUACAAGCUUUUGGAGGUCAUGAGAGGAGUUGGAAAGAAAUAUCUGACAUAGACAAGACAUGAUCUGGGGUCAGAGAUCACAAUCAAGCAUACACCAUAAACCACGGCACACUGACUCCCUACAUAACAGAACGAGGGUCUGUGAGGUCAGACAGAGGGGGACACCAUGGCAACCUCUGCGGUGACAUCUACCCUUGGGAAAGGGGCAGAUCGCAGCCGCAGCAGUAUGUGUGAAGGACCGUCAGCGAUCUCUGGUCCCAUUCCUCCAGACCCCACGCUGUUUCCUGAAUAUUACAAACGCCCGUCCUCUGCUCGUGGUCGGCUGGAGGGAAACGUUCAGAAUGGCCCGUCUCCUCUUCUGAAGGGCCCGCUGGCUCCGGACCAAGGGUGCUACAGCGCCCGCUCCAGCCCUCGACCCCGCAUCGGUGCCAACGCUGUUCACAUCCUAGAGAGAGGACAGAGGGGGGUUGUGGGAAACCUGCUGAGACUGGAGGGAGUGGCGCUGAACCCCAGUCCAGCCAAACCUAAGCCGGCCAUACGAGACUUCGGGAAAGAAAAUGUGCGCAAGCUCCGUGAAGUCCAAAGGCGGUUUCGGGAGCUGGAGGCGCAGAGAGAACAUGCCAAACCUGUGCCGGUUAAAGCACUCUGGAUCUCUCCAAAAUAUCAGGACGUCCCCUCCAGGGUAAUGGCCCAGUUACAGGAGACGAGCCCCUCGAAGAAAGCUGAAUGUCAGAACUUCCUGAAGGCUCAUUCGCAGUGUGGCGCUGGAGGUCGACCGCCGCUCCGUCGCUCAGAGAGCGGCCCGUCACCGUCACCGUCAGCCACCGCUGCUGCAGGAGACUCCAACUCUGAAAUGCACGUGAGAGGACACACGGUGGACUUUGUGAGUCAUAACGCUCGUGCUGCGAGGAAGACGAACCUGAGGAGAUCUCAGUCCUUACAGAACCUCAGAGAUAAAACCCCUCCCAGCGCCGUCAAGGGCAAAGUGCCAGAAUAUCUGGAGCAGAGGAAGGUGCAGUGGAAAAAAGAGGAGGAGGAGAGGAGGAGAAACACUCCUGAUCCCUCCGUUCCUGCCGGACACACUCAGAUGUCUGAAAGAAAGAGGCAGGAGACCCUGCAGUCCCUCAAAGAAACUCACAGGUCUCUGGUCAGUGAGCUGCUGUCUCUCCCGGUGAAAGCCGACACUCUGAGCCUUCGCUCUCGACGCGCCGGACUCGAUCAGCGGCUCUCGGAGGUGGAGGAGGCCAUCAAGAUCUUCUCACGUGACAAAGUCUAUGUGAAAGUCGACUCGUAAACACACUCGCAUCAGGCUGUUUCUGCUAUAUUUGUGUGUUUAUUAGAUUUUUUUUGCUAUAUUUGUGUGUUUAUUAGUGAGCAGCAGAUCUUCUGUUUCCUGAGAAUGCUUGACACAAAGAUUUGUGACGCAUAUUACGCAUAUUAGUGGCAGAAAUCAUUGAUUUCUUUUUUUGCUAUCAUAUUAUUCUGCAUUCAUGCUUUAGUAAAUAAUACUUAUGAGAUUAAAAAGUAAUAAAAUUUUGAGAUAAAAAAUUGAAAUUAUGAGAUGUUAAAAAAUCUAAAAUUUUGAGAUUAAAAAGUAAAUUGACUUUUGG